AUGCUGGCUGUCUAUGAGGGUCUGUUGGAUUUCCGCACUGUGAACGUCCAACGACUACAGGGGCAUUCUGGAGCUGGUCACAACGCUUCCAACGUCCUAAGAAACCCAUUCCUAAUUCAUCAACCUCAUGUUCGCGAUAUUUUCGUGUGCCUGGGUCUACUCGUAACGCUUUUGAGGAUUGGCGAUUCGGCAGUAAAAUAA